AAAAGUUCUGGAAUAAAGGAUCUGGACCCAUCUUUUUCUAUACUGGCAAUGAAGGUGACAUCUGGACUUUCGCUCAGAACUCUGACUUCAUGUUUGAGCUGGCAGAGGAGCAGCAAGCACUGGUGGUUUUUGCUGAGCACAGGUACUAUGGGAAGUCUCUCCCCUUUGGACUCGAGUCCCUGCAGCUGCAGAAGACAUCCCUGCUCACCGUGGAGCAGGCCCUGGCCGACUACGCCGUGCUGAUCACUGAGCUGAGGCAGCAGUGUGGUGCUGCAGCCUGCCCUGUCAUUGCCUUUGGAGGCAGCUAUGGGGGAAUGCUGAGUGCCUACAUGAGGAUGAAGUACCCAAACAUUGUGGAUGGGGCAUUAGCUGCCAGUGCUCCUCUGUUGUCUGUGGCUGGCCUUGGAGACCCCACCCAGUUCUUCAGAGAUGUCACAGCAGACUUUGAGCAGGCCAGGCCGGGCUGUGCCCUGGCUGCCCGCAGAGCCUUCCAGCAGAUCAAGGAGCUGGGCCUGAGCGGAGCCUAUGAUGAAAUCAGCAGAAAAAUGGCCACAUGCAAUAAGAUCUCCAGCAAGGAGGAUGUUUACCAGCUGUUUGGGUUCGCUAGGAAUGCCUUCACCAUGAUGGCCAUGAUGGACUACCCCUACAAAACAGACUUCAUGGGCCACCUCCCUGCCAACCCCGUGAAGGUUGGCUGUGAACAAAUCCUUGCCCACACAGACCCAAUUCAAGGCCUGGCUGCUCUUGUUGGUGAGUUAACAGCAUCAGUUUGA